GAAGCAAAAAUAACCUAAUGUUAUCUGAAUACAAUAUAUGUGUAGGCUUUGUUCAUCUGUGUUUCUAAAUUUACUGUGUUUUAAGUGUACCCUGCUCUAACACCAUGUUUUGUCCUUGCAGGUGUACAGGCUGCGAAAAAGAUAACAGUCCUACUCCACCAGCACCAUUUGACCACCGGAUUGUCUCAGCCAAAAGGGUGGGGAUCAGCAGUUACUAUAAUGUCAGUGAGAAUGAAAUCCUAGGAGGUGGGCGAUUUGGCCAAGUGUACAAAUGUGAAGAGAAAGCAACAGGUCUGAAGCUAGCAGCCAAAAUUAUAAAAGCAAGAGGUCCUAAACAGAAGGAUGAAGUAAAGAAUGAAAUCAAUGUUAUGAACCAGCUGAAUCAUGUGAACCUCAUCCAGCUAUAUGAUGCCUUUGAAUCAAAAAAUGACAUUGUACUAGUCAUGGAAUAUGUGGAAGGAGGAGAGUUAUUUGACCGAAUUAUUGAUGAAAACUGCAAUUUGACAGAGAUGGAUACGAUCUUGUUCAUGAAGAACAUCUGUGAGGGAAUUCAGUACAUGCACCAAAUGUACAUUCUUCAUUUGGAUCUCAAGCCUGAGAAUAUUCUGUGCGUGAACCGAGAAGCAAAUCAAAUAAAAAUUAUUGAUUUUGGAUUGGCAAGAAGGUAUAAACCCAGGGAAAAACUUCGAGUUAACUUUGGAACUCCAGAAUUUCUUGCCCCUGAAGUUGUGAGCUAUGAGUGUGUCUCCUUUCCUACAGACAUGUGGAGCGUAGGAGUCAUUGCUUAUAUGCUCCUCAGUGGAUUGUCUCCUUUUUUGGGUGAUAAUGACAAUGAAACCCUCAACAACGUCCUGUCUUGUUGCUGGGAUUUUGAAGUGGAGGAAUUUCGAGGUGUUUCUGAUCAGGCCAAAGAUUUCAUCUCAAAGCUUCUCACCAAGGAGAAAAGAGCACUCUAA